UACAAACCAACACAUCAACACCAUAAAGGAUGGCAUCAAGAAGAGCACAGAUACGGCAAUUGUAUCAAUCAGUACCGUCUAGCGAGCUAUCAGGAACAACGCUGGAAUCGCUCUACUCAAGAUGUGAAGCAAAUUUAGCAGCUUUGGAUGUUUGGGCAAAUCAAGGAAAUUCGAUGGCAAUGAGAAGGGCAGGUACUGGCGUGAUCGCUUUAAGUGCUUGGUUUGCAGCCAAAAUGCUUGCUGAUCGACCUAGCUCAGCCGCUUUCCAAAAAGCUUCAGGAUUAUCGCCUGCUCAAUUUUCAGCAUCAGAGAAGGAAUUACAGCCUGGCAUUCAGAUUAUUAGCAAGUCAUCAUCAUCUUCCAACAGACGAGAAGGUCGAGCUGAAGGCAGCGGAUCGGCUAUUGCUCCAUCCUCAGAUCUUUUAGCGAAAUGGGCACAAGAUAUGAAAAGUGGUAUCUCGCCGACAAAGCGAAAUGUGAGUGGGCCAUCCACACCUCGUUCGAACCGAAUACUCUCAGAUACCUCUUCACCUGUUACACCCUCUCGAGGUGGUUUACGAGACCGAAGCUCGAUCAAGGAGAAACGUGUAUUCGAUCCUAGUCCUGUCACUACGCCGAACAAAGUCAGGAAGAUAUCCGCUGCUAGUACACCAUCCUCAUCGCCUUUAAAAAAAGCGAUUCUCUCACAGAAUACUCCUCAAAGGGAUUCUAAUCAUCAACCAUCCCAAUCAUCGAGCAAAAGAAAUGAAGAUGCAAAUAGGAUGGAAGCAAUGACCCAUACGACACCUAUCUCUCGACUUGCUCAAGUCACACGACGUGAGCCUGUUUAUCCGGUCUCAUUAGGAUUCGAUGUUGUUGGAGAGGACGAGGAAAGAUGGUCAGAGACAAGAGCGUUAAAGAGGAUACAGAAAUGCAUAGAUGCAUUGGAAAAGAUGAAGAAAGAGGGCAAAACAGAUCCUUGGACAACAAAAACACCGGGCGAACUAGAAAUUGUUAGAAUCGAGCUGUGAUCCUCAAUGCUUUUGACCUGACAUUGAUAAUCCGUUGGGAUAGAAAAUGAUCAUUGCCAGAAGACCAUGAAGGAAUAGGUGUCACGUGCACUCACUCAUUUCUACUGGACCCGCCAUUACGAACAAAAGAAAUUCAAGUCAAUUUUGUAGAUUAGCAUUCUGUAUUAUAUAAUCAUUUUCGCAUCAGAUUUUUUG